UCGGGCACCGCCUCCCCCUCGCACCACGUCGCCGCUCACGCCGCGCACGCGCGCCGCAGCGUCGUCUCCUUCCCGCUGCCGCCCCCUGCACGUGCCCCUACUCGGCCAGCAGCAGGGGCGCGCCCAAGGAGCGCGAGCGCCAGGGCCACGCCCGCCCCCGCUGCCGCCGCCGCGCUCCCCGCGCGCGCGACACGGCUCCGACGUCGCCGCCCCCGCGCCUUCCUCAGCCGAGGGCUCGCCGCGCGGCAACAGCGUGAUGGUGACGUGGGAACGGCGCGGGUCGAGCGCACGCUCCACGCUGGUGGCGGGGAGUGGCGGCGGGCGCACGUCGCCCACGGCGCCCCGCGGCGCCACCCUGCGCCGCUCCGCCACGCUGCGCCACCAGCACCACCACCACCACCACCACAACGGCGCGCCGGGCGCCAAGGCCGCGGGGGGCGGGGCGUGCACGCCGCCGUCCUCGUCGCGCGGGGGCGCGGGCGCGGGCGCCGGGGAGAGCAGCGCGCAGUCGUCGCCCUGCCUGCUGGUGCGCUAUGGGUCGCGCUCGCGCUCCAGUCGCAGCACCACGGGCACGGUGCGCUCGCACCACUCGCGCACGUCGUCGGUGGCGUCGCGCACGUCCUCGCGCCACGGCCGCAUCAUCCGCCUGGAGCAGAAGGCCACCAAGGUGCUGGGCGUCGUCUUCUUCACCUUCGUCGUGCUGUGGGCGCCCUUCUUCGUGCUCAACCUCGUGCCCACGGUGUGCGGCGAGGAGUGCGAGCGGCGCAUCGACCACCGCGUCUUCGACUUCGUCACGUGGCUCGGCUACGCCUCCUCCAUGGUCAACCCCAUCUUCUACACCAUCUUCAACAAGGUGUUCCGCCAGGCCUUCAAGAAGGUGCUCACGUGCCAAUACCGCAAGAAGGUGUGGCGGCCGCCGGCGUA